AAAGUCGUCAUUCUCGUGUUGCCGCGCGCUUUGGUCGGUCAUCGCCGUUCGCAUCCGCGCGUCGCGUUUAUUUUCGUCCGGAAAACGUCCGUCUUAUCGCCCACCCGAAACCAGCACGGUGUAGGUCGCGCGCAGUUUUCCACCGUCCCGUCGACAGCACGGGCGCACGAAUUCCGUUUUCCCGCCGUUUCUUUCGGGCGCCCCGUUUUCCCGGCGGGCAAAGCGAGAAAAAUCCCCUCCCACCGGCUCGCGGGGUUUUUUUUUAUUUUUUUUUUUUUGCCGCGCAUAGGCGUAUUUAUUUAUACCGCCGCCCCGGCGUAGGUACCGAACGACGCGAAAAACGCGGUCAGGUACGUGCGCGCGCCAGCCGACAACCGACCGAUCGCGUCGCCCAGCAGUCCGCAGUCGUUGUGCAACGGAUCCGACCGACCCCGGCCAACGUCACACGUUCGCGCACACCCGCGGUGUCCGGUGACAGACGCACAGCAGUUUUACGCGUACCGCAGUGUUGUUGUCGCGCCAGCGCUGGAACGUUUGAAAAACGAUACGUCCGACCACGACGAUAAUAUGACGUCUCCGGGUGAGUACAGCGAGGAAAAAAAAAAUUAAUUAAAUAAAUAAAUAUUUUUAUUGUUAUUAUUGUACGCCUCGGUUACGCCGCGCACGCCGGUAUAAAUAUCGCGCGGUACAUCAGCCGCCGUCCCGUUUCCCACCGGACGCGGCCACCUGUACGGGCGGCGGUAAUAAUAACAGUCGGGCCGCGACGCCACCGGACGAGGCGCGUUUUCUUCUCGCGCGGCCCGUUCGGUUUCUCCCCCUCCGACCCCUCGCCCCCGGACGGGCGAAUCGCCGACCAAAGGUCCGGUCAGGUUGGGUUAAGGUCCGACAAGACCGGACGACCGGUCUACGGUCUUUUUUUUUUUUUUUCACGUCAUUCCCGACUUCCGACACGCGACAAUAGCGUGCCCGCGCAGUGCGAGUUACGGUAACGAGACAUUUACCCGCGAGUUUUACACCUACCCAGCGAGUUUCGAGCUCGUCGGACAUUGCCAUCAAUAUGUCUUUCGAAAAUGCCGCUCGCACCCGCACUACCGUGGUCUAUCCGCGGCGGCAUUAUAUCGAACACGUAUUUUCCGUAUACUUGAACCCGCCGCGCGCGGUGAAGUUCACUAUCCCGUCGGCAAGUACCUGGCAAGACCUGGUUCGCGUUGUUAUUGCUGAAAACUGAAAUUGAACGCGACGAAAUACCUGUGAUAGAAAAAAAAAAAUGUUCAGUGUUCCCGAUAGUUUUAUAGUCUAUAACGCACUGUGAAACGAUUUGUCCACCAUUUUUGUGGCUGCCAAUUUUUAAUGCCGACGAAUGACCGUCUAGCAUCCCUCCCGCCCCAGUUGUUGCGCCCGCGGGCCCGACGGGCGAAUAUAUUGUGACGUCGGGAGAAUCCGACUCCCUGCAGUCACGUUCGCCCCGGUGUCGGGGAUUCGGAGGGGGGGGGGCGGGUCUGGUCGGGUUACCGUACGGCGACGAUGGCAACGGCGUUGCGGUUAUUUCAAUGGAUCGAUUUGUUACGCGAACGAUUUGUUCGCGGUAAUUAUUAUUUUGAUCCGCGCCAUACCGUCGGGACAUUCCCGAUCUCGAUUUAAUACCCGGCGUACGCACGGCCAGCACGAGUACCGUGCACCGUCGCCGCCGCCGCCGCCGCCGCCACGUCGUCGUCUCGGUCAAACGCGGCUAUUUUCGGUCUGCCCGGAAACACAACAUUGCCCGCCGCCGACCGGCCGAACGGGAUUACCCGCGGCGUCCGCGAUAACGUAAUAUUUUUAACCGAACCGCGUAUUAUGCGGAAUCCCAUUUGUGAACGUCAAUAAUCGGCGAACAACAAUUAUCCGGAUCGGGAACGCGCGCCGACCGACCGACAACGUUGUUCGUUUUGCGCGACAUUCCAUUUUUCUAUCGUUUCCACGCCUUCGGAGAUUUGACGCGGAUCAUCGAACCCGUUUGAAGGAACAGGAAAAAAAAAAAAAAAAAUGUAAAACGAAUGUCGAUUUUACCCACUAGAGAUGUUGAUGAUCAUUUCGCCCGACCUGGUUAGAAUAUUAUGUUCGUUACAAGUGUCGUAAAAAUUCGUAAUUUCACCGUUCGGGACAUUGUCCCGUAAACUAACCACGUACGUUCCGUUAUAAUAAUAUCGGCAGUUUGCUCGAUAUUUUAUUGCGUCGGUAUAGUACAAAUAUAAUCCAGUUUUUGUUUUCGUCGAUGAGAAAGUGUCUCGAACCUAACGUCAGCGACCGUUAAGUUUCUCGACUAUAGUAUAUUAUAAACUGGUAAUAUUUGGUCUUCGGGAGUUGCAGGUACGGCGGGGUUAUUGUCAGGGUCUGAUUAACCAAUCGGAAGGCCAGAGGAGGGUCAAUACCCUGUUAUUAUUGUGUACACCGGAUCCCAGAAUACUACGGUUUUCCCAAUAUGAUUACCGAGGCUUUACUGCGGGAUUACCAAAGAUUUUCACGGUCCCCGAACAUUAUGUACCCCGAUUUACGAUUUAUCCUCUGGAAAAGGCUGCUACCCAGGCAGGGCUCCGUGAAAUGGGGGAGGGGGCACAAUAAAAAAAAUUUGUCUUUUAAUCGAUUUAUUUCGAAUUUGUAUCUAUACAUAGCAGUGACCAUCAUGGGCGUAGCGAGAUCUAUUUAUUAUUUUUUUGAGGGGGUGUAUGCAAAAUUGUACAGAGAAAAGACCGACGAACCGUUCAAUAAGAAGUAGGGGGCUUGUUUUUUUAUUAGCCUCGGAGCGCCUUUUGGGUAAACCCGACUCUGUUUAUUGUAUUUUAUCAACUCGCCGGAGAUAAACCACGGAGAUUAGAAAUAUGCUCUACGAUCCCUCCUCCACAUAACUGUUGUGAUUUUCCGUGAUUUUAUUGUGAUGCUGGAACUGUUAAAAACCACGGGUCUUUGAAUUCGAAUUUAAUCCGGUAUAGACAAAACCGUAAGCAAAGGAGUGGUUUAGUCCCUAAAAUUCUGCCGAUUCCUUCCGAGUACCGAGUACACGUAGUUUUAGAUCCGGAGCGUAGCCGAGGAAUCUAUGGGCUUUAUAAUUUUUUUUUUCUUUAUAUAUGUUAAUAACUUUUCUACCAGAAAUCUUGCUUAGUAUAGUACCUUUUCUUAAAGGAAAUUUUAUCUGGAUGAUACUUUAGAGAGGUCAUUUUUUUGAUUUUCCGAGCGGUUUUCAUAAUAAUUGGGGAAAAACGUAGGAAAAUUUACGUAAAUGUAUAAGAGAAACUACGCUCCGAAUCGUUUUUCGUCAGCGAUGUUUUAUCGUUGCGUACAGAUAUAAAUUAAAUUCCCAUUUAUAUAAUAUUGCCUUCCCAACUUCUCACCUACAACAUUGGUCCACUCAACGCGCGAAGUAUGUCCGUCCUUUUUCUUUUGUACCUAAGAUUAUUCAGAAAUUAACAAAAUUAUAAAACCGAUGUACGCAUUCGAUACAAUUGGAUCAACAGGGACGCGGUUUUUUUUAAAAUCUAUUUUUAGAUUACCGUCCCCGCCACUCGGCUUGAUUAUAAAUAAUAAAUAAACAACGGGUACAUAAUAUUUUUAUUAUACCUACACCGUGGGCAGGUGCUUUAAAUCGUAUCAAAAAUAAACGUCGUCGUCCUAUCAACUAACUAUAGAAUCUAUUAAAAUUUCCGUCGUAAUUAAUUCUCUCACAAUAUUAAACUAGAUAGGUACUAGGAGGUCGCGCCCCCCAAAAUACCCAAUAAGCUUUUUUAUAGUAUCGACUAAAUAUAUUAUCCGCGUGUGUAAUUAAUGAGCAGAACAAAUACAGAUUACCUGCAGACAACAGAUUAAAAAUGUUUAUAAAAAAAAAAAUUGAAACUUAAACGUGUAGUCGCUUGUUUCAAGUGUCAUGCCCUUUUGGCGUGCAUCAUCGCGCUGUUUUUUUGUUAGCAAAAACAUACUUGCGUAGACCGAGUAAAACUCGCAAACAAUUUUAUCCGCAGAGUACCUACCGAUUACAAAUUUAGUAAAAUGCUCGCAAAAUUAAAAUGUUUAUGAAAAGCUCAAAAUGGCUCAAAUAAUUUUAAACAUUUACCACGUCUACAAAAGGCAAAUAUAAGUACUAUCGCACGAUUGAUAGGCUAUUGUUAUAAGUGAGAAGUUGGGAGAUAGAGGGAUAGUUUAAUGUAUAUCUAUACGCCGCGAUUAAUCGUUGCCAACGAAAAACGAUUCUGAGCGGAGUUCGGUUAUACACGUUUUUAAAGGUCAUAUAUAAAUUACGAUUUGAAAAUAAUUAAUUUCCUACGUUUUCCCGUUUACUAUGGAAACUCCUGGAAAAAAAUUAUCUUCCUAAAGUACCCCCCUCCCCUCCCCAGAAAAUUUUCUCUCAGAAAAAGUGAAAAUCUGAACAAAAUGUCUGGUAGAAAAGUCGUUCAUAGAUGUGUUGUCUCCGUUAUACAACCGCGAGAUAUAGCAAAUGUUUGUUCAGCAGGGACAACAUUGUACUUUUAGUUUUGAUCUCAGAGUGAAUUGACAUCGUUGUUUUUUUUUUUUCGUUAUUUUAAUUUUUAAGCGACUUAUAAGCGUUUUUUAAUCGUGAUAUUCUACACGUCUGUAUUCCACAUAAAAAUUAAAAUAACGAAGAAAAAAAAACUGCGAGACGACACCGAUAAUGUUGAUGUCAUUGAGUUUGACAGUAGGUCAAUUCACUCCGAUUUCGAAACUAAAAGCACAAAGUUGUCCCUGCUGAACAAACAUUUUUGGUGUAUCUCGCGGCUGUAUUACGAAGGAAACAACGGCGCACGCGGGUACGACGUCCUCUUCAAACUGAAAUCGUUCGGUACAAACACCGAGGAUUAAAAUAACAUUGUCUGUAUUCUUUGUUCGUAAUAAUUAUUAUUGUCGAUGGAAUACAAUAUUAUUCUUAACAGACGGCGGGUUCUCCCACGUGAAUAUUUAAAACGGUAGACACGUUCGUUUCGUUUUGAGCGAACGAGAAUAUUCGUGCGGGUAUCGAUAAUUAUUAUAUUCCAUAACCAAUCGUUAAAAUUAUCUCAAAUAUACCGGUGCUCAUUAUUAAUGAAUUUGUUUUUAGAAUAUCGGGAAAUCGACAAUCGCCGGUUUUGCGGGUGAUUUUGAUCUUAUUUUACUUGUCUAAACUCCGAUGUAAACCUCACGAGGCCGUCGUAAUAUGAUCACAUCUCGUUAUGUGCACUAUUUGUAAUUAAUCCAACCAUUUUGUCUGGCCGCUAUUUGUAUAGUCUAUUGUAAUAUUAGUUUAAAUCGUUUUUAAUCGAAAAAUUCGAAAUAUUAUGUUUAGGUCGUCUUCCGAAAAUCGAUAAAACGUUCCGAAUAAAUUAAAUACAAUUUAGGUAAAUAUUAGCCCGUGUGGGAACGGGAAUUCAAGACUGAUUGAUUUUAAAAUAUUCAAUAGUUGAGCGAAGAGGUACCUAAUGAAUCGUUAAAUUCUCAUAAAACGAUUCUCCGUUGGUAUUUUAUGAAUUAACACCGUAUAUUAAUACCAAUAAUCACGUUUAUUGCCCCGUUCGGGAUCUGAAUCACGAAUGUUUAUCGCGCCUUAGGUAACAUUUGAAUCGUAAUUUUUUGUUUUUGUAAUAAGUAUCUAAUUUCGAAUUUGUUCACUACAAUAUUAUAUUCGAUGUAAUAUAAUAUGAUUAGUACCUACCUAUGUGCAUAUGUGUAUAUCCGAUAUCGAUAAUUAUUACUGUCGACUAAAAAUUGAUUGUUGAUUACUAUGUAAAAUAGUAAAUUGUGUGUAUAUAUAUAAAAAAAUUAUUCUGUUCGAAUACGAUUAUUAACGUUGGUAAACUUUGAUCUCGAUAACGUUUACAAAUAAUUUAGAACGAUUUUAUGAACCAAUAUUAUGAUAUAUUAUUUUUAAAUAUAUAAAAAUUUAGUAUUUACCUGAAGGUCUUAAGAUAAAUUUAUUAUUUUUUUUCUUUAAUGGCUCAAACGUCUUAUCGUGUUAUUUUUAGAUUCAAAGUCAAAUGUCGGAGCGUAAUAUUUUAAUUGCAUCUUUUAAUUCCGAUGUGUAACUUUAACGAAUACAUUUCGUUUCUAAAACGUAGAUAACACAAAAAAUGACCUAUGUUGGCCCUUUACUCAAACAAUAUCGUGUAUAUUAUAUUUUGUAAGUCGUUAUACUUAUUACGUACAAUUAGAUUAAAAAAUGUAUUAUUAUUAAGUAAAUCGGUAAUAGGUAAAACAUAAGACCCUCUCAACAGUAAAAAAAUGUGAUAAAACGUUUCAGUCAACAAUCGAGAAAAAUCAUCCUGAAGUAGAAAGGACCCGCCGUUAAAUUUAGUCGGGUUACUAAAAAAAUUUCAAAUUUUAAACCUAAUUACAUUGCCUGUCUUGGUCGUUUAAAAUGAAAAUAAUUUCGUCACGCUGUUCUAAUUUGUGCGUUUUAUCAUAUUACUAUAUUUUAUACUAAUACAUGCUUUUGCCAUGGCUGAUUACAAAUCUUAUAUAAUAGAAAUAUAAUUAUCCACAACUUUAACCGAGUGACGUAUUUUAAAAAUAAUUUAAAUUUAAAUAUAACGUUUAACGCGAUUUUAUCGAUUAAAAACGAAAUCCCCAUAAAAAGUACGAGGUGAAUUCAAUAAAUAUAUUAAUUCACCUUUACUAGCCAUUAGGUAAUGCAUGCAAUUUAAAUUACAAAUAAUUAAUGCACUAAAUUAUUAUGCACGUGUUCUUAUGAUAGACAAGAGUAAAAUAUUAUAAUCGUGAUUAUAGGUACAUUACCUAUAUUGAAAGUUAACUAACGCAUUGUCUAGACUGACUUUAAAACUGUUCACCUUUCUCACAUUGUUAUUCUGAAAAUAUUUAAUUAUUGAACCUAUAUUAUGUGUUUUCAUUAUCUAUAAAGAUUUUAAAUAAAUCUAACCGUAAAUUUAAUUUUAAUUUUGUUCAGCCAUUACGGAAUAAUUUAUUAAACAUAUACUUGUAAUUAUUAUUUUUUUUUAAUAGUUUUAUUAUAAUUCAAUUUGUAAUUAUUUUUGUUAUUCAAUGAUUUUCCGACUAACACACGUGCAACAUAGGCAUUUGGACGCGUUUUCAUUAUAACGUACCGAUUGUUCUAGUAUAGGAUAAUUCUGAAAACAGAUUUGAAUUUUUCGUCAAGUCUACUUGGAAUCAACUUUUCCAUAUGUUUGAUUGUACUCCUGUAAACCGUAGAAUAAUAAUAAAAAAAAAAAGGAAUGUUUUAAAAAAACGGAAUAUUUCAAUAUUCUCAUGCAUGGGACAAAAAAAAAGAUGGCAAUUAUAAUAUAUUGCGAGGUAUUUUAUAGCAAUAGAUGAUUUCGUUUCUUAGAUUUUCAAAAUGAGUUUUUUUCUGGGAACUAUCAAUAGCUUAUGUAUUUAUGUACCUACAAUAAUUAUUAUUUAUGAAUUAUAAAAUAAUAAUAGAGAAGUAUAAUAGUUGCCAACAUUACCUAUUCAUUUCAUAUCUCAUUUUAGAUAAUCUUUUUCUAUUCCAUUUAUCUACACGCUUAUAAUGCCUAAUGCCUAAUCGCUUGGUAUUAAUUUAUUCAAUUUGUAUAUACACAUCAACAUUUUCAUAUUUGCAUCACAUUUAAUGGAUUGCUGUUUUUAAAUAAAAAUUUGAUAUGCAUUUAACAUACAGAGAUAAAAGUGCAAAUUGAAAAAAGAUUAUUAAAAAUAUAGUCACCAAAUAUAAAAUAUAAAUAAAUAUUACCGAAAACCAUCAUUGAUAUAGUAGUAACUAUCUAUAGUUUCAUUUAUGAUAAAAAUCAUAAUUAAAAAAAAAAAAUUUUUAAACAAUUCCGUAAAUAAACAAAUGCAUUAUAAUAUAUUUCAAAAUAAUUAACUAUAAUUGAUCAAUUAUUGUUUAUUGUUCAACGGUAGAUAUUAGGUAGGUAUAACUUACUUGCGAGUUCAAUUAGGUACUUAUACUUACAAUAUAAACUGAUAUACCUAUAGAAAUUCUAUACACUUCAUAUUAUAAUUUUACAAAAUCAAUGACAAACCAAUAAUUGAUAUUGAUGUAGGGGCUAAAAUUAAAAAUUAAUAACAUUGUUAUGUAAUAAUUUCCCUGUCAAUAUAUAGUUCAUUAUUUCUGAGUUUAUAUUGGUUUAGGUAAGUAUUUAUAACUAAUAAAUAAUCAAUAGGUAUAUUUAAAAAAAAAAAAAAGUUGUAAGUACCUAUUUAUUAAAUAGAAUUGUGAGAUUUUGUUGGUUUCUUAUUAUUUUUUUUUUUUCUCUAUGAAUGACCAUUAAUGUAUUUUAGCUACAGAUAUUUUAUUUACGAGUUUAAUACUUAUGAUUUAUGACAAUUAAUAAACCUAGGUGCCCAUCCAUAUAAAUACAGAGUUGUGUAUUUAUCAGAAAUGAUGACGGAUUAAUAUCUCUCGCGGUUGACCUUUUUUCAUGUUUAAUUCAAUUAUUAUUCAUUAUCUGUAAUAUAUUAUUGAUGAUUACAGCUAUAGGUAUUAUUAUUUUUGAAACACGUAUAUACUGAUUAGUGAUAAUGCAAUGAAAAUUAUUAAUGUCGAUAAUUUGUCUAUUAUCAUAUUACCAGAAGUAAAAUAAAUAAUUAUACUAUCCAAUAGGUAAUAGUUCCAAAAUAAAAAUGCAUCUAGAAAUUUUUGCUUAACAAUUUAGAAUAUCAUGUCCUUUCGACAAGUCACUAUAUAAAAUUUGUUAAGCUAAAAUUAAAUAAAGUAGCUAGGUACCUAUGAAAAGUUUAUUGGUAAUCAAAUUAUAAUCUUUUAGAAAUUUAAAUCUUUGAUUCACUUUCAACACAUUAUUUUUAAGUAGAUAUGCACACAUUUUUAUAGAUACACCUGGCUAAUGAAAUAAAUUGUAAUAACUUGAUACAUUGUUUUAUAAAAUUAAUAUUUGUUUAAACAAUAAUUGUAAUUGGUUAUUGAAUUUUAAAAUUUAGGUAUAUUUACAAAAAACAUUUGUUAUUGACCUGUGUAGUUCCAAAAAAUGCUUCCACAAUUCAUGAAAACAGUAUUUGUAAUAUUUUUCACACUUUCAAAUAUCUUAAAAAUUGUUUGAAGCACAACCGACACAGGGUUUACUAUUGUAGUACAUACCCAUUGAAAUCCAAUCAUAUAAUAAAUACACAAUAAAACUCCAAAUUUUAUUAUUUGAUAUAAUGGUAUGCGGUUAAAUAAAUAUCUGAAAAUUAGAAGAAAACAAACAUUACAUUGAAAUUAUUGUUUACAAAAGUUGUUAACACUAUUGUUACCUAUCUAUCUAUAUAUAAUUAUAUAAAGUUAUUUUAAAAAGAUAUUUUUUUACUUAUGCAGGGUAUAGCAGGACUAUUUGACUUUUUUACAUUGUAGUUACAUGUAAAAAUGUCAAAUAGUCCAGUUACACUCUGGAUAGUGAUAAAAUAUCACUGAUAUAAAUAUUUUUAAUUUUCAUUUAUAGAUUUAAUAUGAAAUUAAACAACAUAAAUACUUGUCUAUGAAGUAUUCUACAAUUGUAAAAAGGCUAUAUGCUAACAAUAUUGAAUGAUCUCCCAUACAAUUGUUAUACACACCAAUUAUCCGUGUAAAUAUAUUAAUUUCGAAAAUAAGUAUUAAAAGAGAAAUAAUCUCGGCCAUACUUAGUUGUUAAAAUGUCAGUAAUUUAAUAUUUUAUGUUAGUAUACCAAUGCAUAAUAAAUGAAGAAAUAGUAAACAUUUAUUAUUAAAGUAUUAAACAAACUGUCACUAUGGAUUUAAUAUAAAUUUAAAAAAAAAAAACAUGGGCUUGAGUGUAUUACAAUUAUCAUUUAAAAAAGUUUUGUUUGAUUUAAGAGUUGUCAUGGUGUUGAUGUCAACAUGAUUUAGUCAAAUAUGUAUAAAAUAAAAUAAAAGGCAAUUCAACUUUUUAGAACUCUCUCCUUUCAACCUAAUCUACUUUUAAUUUUUUCCGAGGUUAAGUCAUACCUAUAUUAUAUUAUAUAUAUAUAUAAUUAUUAACCUCAUUAUUUAUUCAUUCAUUAAUUGUAAUUUUAACUGUUGUAACAGACAUAUUAAUAAGUUUAUAAUUUAUGUACCUACUUAAUUCAUGCUUUAUCCGCAUAAAGAGUUUUAAGAAAAUUAAUUAUCAUCCAUAUUGCAGAUUUGUUGUGUUGUUUUAUUAUUUAUGUUUACAAAUUACUACAAUGGAAUGUUAAUUUUUAAUAAUUUAAUAAAAUAAACUGCUUGUUAUUUACUGGCCAAUAUAAUAUUUUUGGUCUGAAAUGUUGAACAUUUAAGUGAACAGAUAGGUCCUAACAAGAUCUAUUGAAGACAGAUUAAAAAAUGUUUAAUUUCAUUAUAGCAUGUAUAUAAAUAGAAUGGUAGAUAAAUCGAUAGAAUUUAAAUCAAUUUGGAUGUCACAGACCAAGCUCUAUAAACUUUAUUUUGUUAUUAGUUGGGCUUUCAUCAUGGGCAACAAUGUAAAAUAUUUUAUUUAAGUACAACAAAAAUGAUUCUGACCUUUUAUUAUUAAGUUCUGUAUAAUAUAAUUAUUAUGCUCUCAAUAGGUAAUUUGUACACACUUGAACUUAUAAAAAAACAAUUGUGACUUACUAAAAUUAAUUUUAUACCAUUAAAAACAACAUUUUACAGAUAUUGUAUUAAAUAUUGUCUAGCUUUUUUACCGUACAAAAAAAAAAUUGUGAAAACGUUUAUAAAACAGCGCCAAUAUUUCAAGUUUAUAUAUAAAUAACACAAAAGGAGCCAAAAAAUUUUGGAAAUUCUAACAUUUCUAGUAAAUAUAUAUACAUGUACUUCAGUAUUCUCAAAACAUUCUUUACUAUUUUUUCUUGCACAUAACCAUAUAGUGUUAGGUACGUAGGUAUCUAUAGUGAAUAACUACUAACUAUUUUUAUUUUGAAUUCCCAUGGUUUUUCAUAACAAAUUGAAUGAUAUUUUGGAUUUAUGAAGUGAAGAAUUAACAUCGCAAAUGAUCGCAAUGAUGUGUGCCAAAAAUUCAAAUAAUUUGUGCCUAUUUAAUCUUUUCUUAGCCACUGAUUGUCCUGCUGCCAAUAUUAUUUAAUAUAUUAAACUUAUUAUACUUCAAUAUUUUUUAAAAAAAAACACUGUAUUGGAAAAUAACCCAUAAAGGUUAAAAAAUGGAUUUUAUGAAUUCGGAUGUUAAAGACUUGAAUAUAUUUUAUGUGUUUAUAUUAAAUUUAGUAUUGGAUUAAUUUAAAAAUAAUUCAAAUUUUAAAAUGCCAUGUUUUUAAAAACAUAUGGUACUACAGUAUAAAAAUAUCUUUUUAGCCCUAAUAAUAGAAAAAUUAAGUAUCUACCUAAAAAAAAAUUCUAAAAUUUCAAACUGAUAAAAGCGAUUUUUUAAUAAUGUUUAGGUAUUAAUGAUUUUAUUGCCUUAAUCAACAACAUUAUGUUUAUAAAUUAAACGUCUUUAAUAUAUUAUUUUUAAUUUCGUCUUUUGAUAUUCUAUUUAAUAAUAAAAUGUUCCUCUUCAACCAGUUAAAUAUAAUUUGUGUAUAUUUAUUGCCCAAGAUAACAUAAGUGUUUAAAUAUUUUUCAGGAAAUGCAUGGGUUACAUUAGCCACAAACGAUUCCUAUUCUUUAGGAGCGUUAGUCCUGGCACAUUCAUUAAAAACGGUUAAAACGAUACACAAGUUGGCGAUAUUAAUUACACCUGGCGUUACUGAGUCGAUGAGGUAUGAUAUUGUUUACAGUCAAAUAUCAAAAAAAAAAAAAACUAAAGUUUUAGAGUUUUUUAAAGUUUUUUAUAAUGUUUUUAUAUUUAUUUUAGACGACAAAUUGAAGCUGUAUUUGAUGAUGUUAAGGUGGUGGAUGUAUUAGAUUCUAAGGAUAAAUCUCAUUUGGCUCUCAUGUGUCGCCCAGAAUUAGGAGUGACUUUUACCAAGCUACAUUGCUGGACUCUUACCAAAUACGAAAAAUGUGUGUUCCUCGAUGCAGACACAUUGGUAGGCAUUUAUUUUUUUUAAAUUUUUUAGUUGCAAUAAUAAUAUAGGAAACUUUACUAGUUAGGUACCUACCAUCUAAGGGCCGUUCUCACCAACAUUUGAUUUUUAAACAGAGUUUAUAAGAUAACCGACCAAUUGUAGUCUGUUAUCAGCCAUAAAUUUAGUUUAAAAAUCAAAUAAACGAAAGCGUUUAUGUUUAUGAGAACAGCCCCAAUUGUGUUUUAAUAAAUUUCUAGAUUAAUAAUUGAGUAGGUAUAUAUUUUUGGAAAACCCAAAUAAAACUAUGCUUAAUAUUUAAUAAAUUAUUACAAACUUUCAAAUGCUAUUUUCAACAAAUUAUUUAGUAUAAAACUAUAAUAUUUUAAUUUUAGGUAGGGUCAAUACUAUGGCAUUCAUUUUUAUUUUAUUCGUUAAUAGUGCAAUUUUGUAAUUUAAUAUUCCAUAUGGUUAUUGCUGUAUUAAUUUGCAUUAAUGUAUCUACUGCCCGGUAUUAAUUAUUACAAAAUAUAGAUAACAUACAAUUUUUUAGAGUAAUGAUUAUGUUUAGUUACAAAAAUGUGCACUUAACAGUUAUUUAUUUAUUACCUAGUAUUUUUAGACAUGCCAGCAUCAAAACACUUGAGAUAUUUCGUACUUGGGGUCGAUCCAAAUUAUUUGAGAUUUUCUAUGCAUUUACUUGAUUAUAAAAUAUAAGUUAUUUAAAACACUUAUAUGCAUUAUUUAUUCAAGUAGUCAAUUAUAAUGCAAAAUGAAUGACUACUAACACACAGUUUAUUAUUUGAAAUUAAAAAGGUACUAUUCAGUAUUCUCUAAAUAAAAAAUUAAAAAAUUAAAUGUAUAUUUUCUAUAGGUAUGAUAAUUAAAAAUUAUUUUAUUAAGCCUAGUGUUUAUAUCAUCAGAAUGUUAUAGCAGUGUUGAAUGAAUAAACUUUAUUAUAUACAAUUGUUUGCAUUUUUUUGCUAUUUAAAAUUGAAUUCAAUAAAAUAAAUAAACUUGUAUAAUAUGUUCAUUGUUUAUAUUGUAUACUCCAACUAGUGUUCUCAUAUAAAUUUAUUUUAAAAAUAUGAGACAAUAACUGCAUAAAUAUGUUAUAUAUUAUACAAUUGUAUGUCUACCUAGGUACGUUUAAAAAUGUGCACCACUUGUUUGAGUUUUGACAGGCUUCAUUUAUUAUAUUAAACAAUAAAUUGGUUUUCAAUAACACUAAGAUCAGUGAAGUAAAAUAAAAAAAUAAAAUAUUAGUACUGUUAUAAUUUAAAAAAUAAAUUAAUGUCACCUAUUAGGUAUUAAUUGAAAUUUAAGUUACGGUACAAAAGAAAAAUUUCUCAAAGUUAAUUAUUGUGAUGUUAAAUUUGAUUACUGAGUAAGGUUUCUAAUUAGACUUUGUUCGGAAUAAUAAUAAGAAAUUAAUGUAUCAUUUACAUUAUCCGUUAUAUUUUAUGAAUCAAAUUUAUCUAUUAAAGGUAUUACAAAACUGUGAUGAACUUUUUGAUCAUGAAGAAUUAUCAGCUGCUCCUGAUCCUGGAUGGCCAGAUUGCUUUAAUUCUGGUGUGUUUGUGUACAAACCAUCUGAAAAUACGUUUGCUCAGUUAUUAGAAUUUGCAAGAACUAGAGGAUCAUUUGAUGGUAAAAAAAAAAAAACUAAUAUAAAUUAUUGUAUUGAUGAAUUGCUCGUAUUUGUUUUCUUUUUUCUUAGGAGGUGACCAAGGAUUAUUAAACAUGUUUUUCAAAGAAUGGGCAUACAAAGAUAUUACAAAACAUUUAUCAUUCACCUACAAUGUAGUGUGGUCUUCAACAUACUCAUAUUUACCAGCAUUGAAACAGUGAGAUAUAAUUAUAGUUUAAUUGUACACAAUUUAAUUUUAAUACUGUCAUUAGGUUUGGCCAAAAUAUGAAGAUCAUUCAUUUUAUAGCCUCCAGUAAACCUUGGUUACAAUCAUUUAAUACAGAAACUAGACUUGUGACGGCAACUAGUGCAGGAGUUGGAUUACAAGCACUAUUACAAUUCUGGUGGGAUUUAUUUUGUCAGCAUGUACACCCUGGACUUUCCACUGAAAUGGUAUACAAUCAAUUAUUUAAAAGGGCUAUUUCAAGGUUUACCUUUUUAUAUUGGAAUCAACAAAUUUUAUGUUUUUUAAACCAUUGUUCUGUUUGCUUAAACUAACUUGUGUUGUAUAAAGCUCAUCUAGAAAUGUUAAAAGAUCCUGAAGUUCAACAUCAAAAUGGUAUGUAAAGUGAUUUAACGCUUUACUAAAUAUUAGUCUUAACAAUUAUUUAUAAACGUCACACACACACACAUACUCAUCCUUAACUGCUGCUGGGGCUUCUGUCAGUUAUUAAUUGUGGGUCGAUUGGCUUUUUGCUUGCACUCUUUUAGACAUACGUGGUGUUUUCUUUAUGAUUUAUUUUUCACAAUGUUCUUCUAUAUUUUACACAAAUAACUUGCACCGUUUUGUUUUGUUUUUGCUUUUUUACACAGAUAGAAAGUCGCCUCAGUAGCCGUUAUUCCAAUGAUUUCUAUUCCGAAAUUCCUACUUAUAAUAAUUCGCCUUGUAAUGAUUAUAAUCCAAAUAAUAAUUAUACUCCUAUAAAUUAUACUUCAAAUAACUACACUCCUAUAAAUUAUACUUCAAAUAAUUACACUCCUAAUAAUAAUUAUUAUACUCCUGUUAACGAACCUUCAAAAGACGAUCAUUAUAAUUUUAUUGACCCUUGGGAAGAGUAUUUGGUUUCAAAUGAGUCAAAUGAACAAAAACAUUGCGAGAUUCAGAAAGAAAAUGCUUAUAUAUGUCAGGUUGAAAAUGUUGAAAGUGGUGGAAAUGUAAUGGAAGUAUGUUUGGGCAAUCAAUGUGAACAAAAUAAUGAAAAUAAAAAUUCUGUAAUUAAUAAUAUUAUGGAAGGGAAAAACUAUAGUGACUAUAGUGACUAUAGUGACUAUAGUGACUAUAGUUUUCAGAAUAAUGUACAAGAAGAAUGUAAUAUUUUUGAAAAUAAGGAUAAAAACAAUGAACAUUAUGAACAAGAUAAAGUAGAAUACAAUGAGUCAAAGGAAAGUGAAAAUCUAAUACAUAAUGAUGAAAACAGUCUUGCAUGUUCUUAUGACAUUCCUAUUAACUCUAAUUCCAGUUUGAGUGUAAAUAACUAUCGUCCUGACUCUCCGACAUAUAGCGAGGUAUCUAAGGACCAGACGUGUGAUAUAGAUGUAAGUAUUAUUAAAUUUAUAAAUUUUUUUGAUGUGAAUAACAAUUGUUAAACUUAACAUGUUAUUUAAGAUACUUAUGUUAAAUGAUUCCGUCAUGUUUUUGAUUUAUAGAAGUCAUUUUUUUUAAAGACAAAUAUAAUUUUUCAGGGAGGUUUAGCUGGACAUUUUGCUAGAGUUUCCUUAGGGGAAAAAACCGCUGAUCAAAAAGCUUUAGAAGAUUUUCUCAGACGUCAAUCAUGGGAACAAGGAAAUAUGGAUUAUUUAGGCAAAGACAGCUUUACUAAUAUAUGGGCUAAAAUCAAUGAAACUCUAGGCAAAACACCUGAAGUUAAAAUUGAACUCAAUGUUGCAAGAUCACAAUCUCCACCGGAAGUUGUGCACACUGAAGAACCAAAACCAUUAAAAUCGGCUCUGAAGAAAACUUCAACAACUAUUCCACCUAUGGAAUCUGAACUUAUUGUUGAUAGUAGUGAACCUCUUACUAAACAACUAGAAAAGCUUGAUCUGUCUAAGGAUAUUUUACAACAGUCAAAAACACCUGAUACUCCUACUGUAACUUCACCAUCACCUCCAACAACACCCGCCUCGCAAAUUCAAGAAUCACCAAAAUCAGAAUCCUCAAAGCCUAUAGAUGAAAAACCAGAAUAUGAUCCAAACACAGAAGAGCCUAUAAAAUCGUUGGAACAAGUAUCACCGAAACCAGAUCCCAUAGAAUCAAAAGAAACAUUAACAUCUGAUGUGUUUAUAGAAGAUUCUUCAAAAUCUGUAGAACAAGAAUUAUCAUCAAAAUCAGAAUCUGUAGACCCUGUUAAAGAAAAACCAAAAAUUGAUGAGAGUGCUGAGAUUGAACAAAUUUUGCCUGUAUUAGAAUCAUCUGAACCAAAGCCAGAUGAAUCAAUUGAAAAAGUAUCUUUACCAACUGAGACAAUUCAAAAACUUCAAUCUUCUGCUGAUAAUUCUACAACAUUAGUUUCAAAUGAUCCGCCAAUAGCGCCGAAACGUACUAACAAAGGAUCACUGAACGUGUCUAAAAAUGUUCAACCUGAGAAAAAAUAAGAAGUAAUAUUAUAAUCAAAUAUAUUUUAUUAUAUACACGUUUUGUUUCGUUCCUCAGAAUAAUAUAUUAUUAUUGUUUUUCUUUUUUUAUUAACAAUAUAGGCUAAACUAAUACAUGGAUAUUAAGUUCCAGAAAUUAUUUUUAUACACUAAUUUCUUGCACAUUAUAAAUCAAAUAUUUUAUUAAACCAAUUCACGAUAUAUUAUCUAUUAAGAUUAUCAUAAAAUUUUAAUAGAUAAUGAAAUUUCAUUAUUUUUAAAUAUUUGAAUAAUUUUUUUAUGAUUUGAAUGUUUGGUUGCCUAUACGUGUAAUUUUCAAGGAAAACUCACAUUUUAUCUGAAAUACAUGUUUGCAAAUAUUGUUUUAUGUAUAUAAUAUAAUCACACUAUGUUUUUAUAGUAUAAAUAAUGAUUUUAAUGAUUCAAAUAAUUUAUUAUAUUAGAUAUAUAACCUUUUUUUUAUAAUCUAAUAUUGAUCAAAAAAUGUUAUUAUUUAAUAAAUCAAUUUAAAUAAUUUAACAAAAUAUAGUUAUAAUAAUAAAAAUGAUUUGUAUUAUUUUAUUGUGGCCAUUACUCUGAUAUAACAGGAACAUUUUAAUUCAAAUUUUAAAUGCGAACUGAACAUUAGAUUAAACAGAUAUUAUUAAUAUAAAUUAUGUUUACCUUUAAUCAGCUUAAAUUUAUAAAUGUAAUUUAGAUUUAAAAUAUUUCUCAUUUUAUUGGUGUACAUUUAGAGCAGACUUAAAAACUUAAAGUUAAAAACUAUAAUUAUUUAAAGACUACUGAUAUGGUCAGUAAAGCGGAUUCAAAAACAUAUGGUAAUAUACAAGUAUAAUUAUUAUUCAAUAUUUACUGCAUAUUUGUAUGCUUCGCUUAUAAAUUAUUUAGUCUAGCCCAAAUGUUCAAUGAGAUAUAAAAUAUACAAAUUCACUGAUAAUUAAUUACUUACACUACUAAUAUAUAUUUUAUCACAUUUAUUUUCGUUACUAUGAUACAGGUUAUACGUGUUAUGAAAAGACUAAGGUACUAAUGAUUUUAAUAUUAGAGUUUAAAUUAUUUAAUACCGGAACAAAUUUGUGUCUCAUUAAAUAUUUAGUAGACUUCAGCAG